GAAGAGCGGUGCUAGCUUACCACGACGGUGGACAUGAAGCCAAGGAUUUUCGUUCAUUGCGAAUUGAAUGGACAUUCAUCGGUUGCCCAGCCCCGUCGGCAGCCACUCGCCUGAUUGAAGUGUUUUCUUGCUUUACACAAGACCCGUUGAUAAUGUAUUCGCUGUUGGAUUUUAUUUCAGGGGCUGGCUAAGAAGCAUCACUCAAGCGUGUAGACCUAUAAAUGAGGAGUGAAGGGCUAGCUGACUUGGACUUUUGGUCUCUUACGUUUGCGAGAACUUGCCGUAGAGAUGACUAUCUCAGCGUUUGAAAACCUUUAUGGAGGUCGUCUCGCUGGGGGCAUAGUCAAUGCGAUUUUGGGCGGCGUAAUUACUGUUCAGGGAUCGCUCUACUAUCAUAGAUACCCUACCGAUCCUCUCCAUGUCAAAGUUGUCGUCGGGUUUUUGUGGCUGGCGCAGAUGUUCUAUGUCGUAGUUUCUACGUGCUCCUUCUAUCAUUUCUUGAUAAAAGAUUUUGGUGUCAUCUUUUUGGGGACUGAAUGUUCUGCCAUUGUUCAGUUCUUCUUUGUAUUUCGGCUUCACCUGCUUAGUACCUCGAUCUGGUUGCCAAUACUUAUCGCUGGAAUGACAAUCGUGCAGUUCACUUUUGGAUUAUACGUUUUUAUCAAGGCGACCAUAUCGCAGAAUGUUGAAGUUAUCCCAGUGUGCUAUUUCCUCCGACAGAACCGCACGGGCAUUCAUCUGACCGAUUCGGUGAUCAGGAAGUUGUCGAUAUACGCCCUCAAUACUGGGGCAUUCACUAGCAUCUUGGCGAUUAUCGGCUUGCUUGCUUUCGUAUUCUAUGGCCUCCACUUCGCGACUCUGCUUUCCACUGUGCCGCUCGGUGGAGCUUACAUCACUACACUAUUAGCCAACUUACACGCACGUUCAAGUUUGCGGAGGCACCUUCACAGCACUGGGGCAAAGGGCAUUUCAAUACAUAUAUCCCAUUUAAAAACGGAGCCAUAGCUAUACUGUGCUUAAUUCUGGCCAACAGAGUCGUACAUGUAGCGUCCUCCAAUACCUCGGCGAAGUCUUAUCGUUGCUGCUUUGCUGUCAAUUCCCAUUCAUUGAGCGCCUCUUAAGCACAAGUCACCUCCCCUCGCUCUUUUCGAUCUCAAAAAUCUGCAUGAUGUUAUCUAUAAAGCUACAGCACAGUUCUUGG